UCUGAAUAAGCGAUUAUGGAGAUACAAUCAUAUCAGAAUCAAGCUGAGCUGCUGCUAAAGGAAUAUUUACUGGCAAAUUCUUUGAUCCCAUACACAUCAGUUAUUUGCGGUAUUUGUGCUUGCAAGAUGGUCUAUGAUCUUACGCAAUUGUUUAGCAGUGUUUACUUUAAGAGCUAUCUUAUGCUAUCAAAAGCCCAACGCAAUGAGUGGAACAACCGAUCCAUAUCAACUGUACAUGCCAUUUUCAUAACAAUCAUGUCCUUAUACUUCGUGUUUUGGUCAAAUCUCUUUUCUGAUCGCCGUUAUGUUGGCUUGAUUAUGUUUCGCAGUUCUGCACUGUCUACAUUUUCAUUGGGGGUAUCUGUUGGUUACUUUCUUGCGGACAUUGGGAUGAUCAUUUGGUUUUACCCUUCUUUAGGUAGAAUGGAGUAUGUCAUUCAUCAUUUUCUCUCCAUAGCUGCUGUAGCGUAUUCUGUGCUGACAGGGGAGGGUCAGCUUUAUACCUUCAUGGUACUCAUUUCUGAGACUACGACUCCUGGGAUCAAUUUGAGAUGGUAUCUUGACACGGCUGGAAUGAAGAGAUCCAGAGCUUACUUAAUCAACGGAGUUGUAAUAUUCGUAACGUGGCUGGUUGCUAGAGUACUCCUGUUUAUGCACCUAUUCUAUCACGUUUACUUGCACUAUGAUCAGGUUAAGCAGCUGCACAGCUAUGGUCUACUGUUAAUAUUGGUUGUGCCUUUUGUCCUAUCUAUCAUGAACUUAAUGUGGUUUGGAAAGAUUAUCAGGGGAUUAAGGAAAACAUUAGCAAAGAGGCAAUGA